CGAGCCAAUCGCGCAAUAAACUAUUUGGCUGACGAGGGCGCGUCUUGUGUGCGUGUCACGCUGGCCCUUGAUGGGCAUGGGAGCCUCGGAUGACCUGGGAGUGUGUGCGUGCGUUUCAUCCUUUGUUCGAUUUGAUUUGAUAUCCGGGCUGCUGUGAUAUGGCUCUGGGUAGCAAUGCCGUUUCGAUGAACCAAGCAGCACAGGCCAUUGGGCAGUGGCAACUCUGUUUUUGUGCCCGAUAAGCCUACUGUGAAAACAGAGUUUCGUUUGUGUUUUGCGAUAUAUACAGGUACCUUGAUCAACAGGACAGUCUUGAAUAUUACAACUACAAGCUCCGUGUCCAAGGUUACCUCGCCAAGCAUCCAUACAUCAUGGCUGGCCGUGAUAUUGAUGCGGAUAGCGGAGAACAGCAGCCGCUGCUUCAGAGCUCUCCAAGUCCUUUGUCCUCAGGACCAGACGACAACAAAUAUGAUACGAGAGCGACGCUGAGCGAAACAGAAAACGCCGCUGGCGAUGUUCAUCCGUCUCGGGCCAUCGAGGAUGAUGUGUUACCAGAGACAUCUACUCUCGGCCGAACAUUAAGCUGGCAGAGCGCCUACAUCCUCGUAAUAUCCAGAGUCAUCGGUAGCGGCAUAUUCGCGACACCUGGAGCCAUACUCCAGUCGGUAGGCAGUCCUGGCCUGGCACUACUACUAUGGAUUGUCGGCACACUUGUCGCAGCUGCCGGUCUGGCCGUGUCACUCGAGUACGGCUGCAUGCUGCCGCGAUCUGGGGGCGUCAAAGUCUAUCUCGAGUUUACAUAUAGACAUCCGCGACUUUUUGCAACGACGCAAGUCGCCAUCAAUGCUGUUUUCCUGGGAUUUACGGCAAGCAACUGCGUCAUCUUUAGCCGUUACGUGCUGUUUGCAUUUGGUGUGGAAAAUGGGAGCGCUUUUCUUAAUAAAGGACUGGCCGUUCUCCUCCUCGUCGCUGUAACGGUCAUCCACGCCGUGACUCCAAAAGCAGGUAUCAAGAUACAGGACUUCCUUGGCUGGAUCAAGGUUGGAAUCAUCGUCUUCAUGAUUUUUGCUGGCCUCUACGUCGUGGUGUUCCAGCCGACGCUGGAUACCUCGGUACAACAAAAGAAUCCGUUAUCAUGGGACCAUCUGUGGGACGACACUGUUUGGAACUGGGGUGUCAUGUCAACAUCACUAUUCAAAGUGUUUUACGCAUAUGCCGGACUGGACAAUGUUAGCAACGUGCUGAAUGAGGUUAAGGAUCCCGUGCGGACUCUGCGUUCUGUAACGCUGACUGCCUUGUUCACUUCUUGUGCCAUGUAUACCCUUAUUAACUUGGCAUACUUUAUCGUUGUUCCCCUUGAUGAAAUUAAGGGGAGCGGCGAGCUCAUUGCAGCUCUUUUUUUCCAACGCCUAUUUGGCGAGCAAGUGGGUAGAAAGAUCUUGACUCUGGCCGUUGCUCUUUCAGCAGUGGGAAACGUUUUCGUGGUUGCAUUUGCAAUGGCGCGAUUGAAGCAAGAGAUUGCUCGGCAGGGCUUUCUUCCCUUUUCCGAUAUCCUUGCUUCGACGAAGCCUUGGAACUCGCCGUUGGGUGGCCUCAUCGUCAACUUUAUACCUUCAUUCUUUGUGAUUGUGCUACCACCCACGACGGAGGUAUACUCCUUCAUCCUCGAAGUGGAGGGUUACCCCGGGCAGGUGUUUACCCUCGCCAUGGGAUUCGGCCUUGUGUGGCUACGAUAUAAACGACCGGACCUCAAGAGGCCCUAUAAAGCAUGGUUACCAGCUGUUAUACUACGAAUUAUCCUGAGCAUUGCGUUGCUUGCUGCCCCGUUCUUCCCUCCCAAAGAGAAGCCCUCUGGAGGACUUUGGUAUGCAACUUAUGCAGUGGUAGGGAUGGGCACUAUUGUGGGUGGCGUCCUAUAUUGGUAUGUCUGGACUAUUCUUCUGCCUAAGUGGGGAGGGUACAAGUUGGAAGAGAAGAGCGAAGUGCUUGAUGACGGAACAGCUAUUACAAGGCUUGUGCAUAGCUAUGAAUGAUCUAAGCUGAGCAUAUCUAUAUUCACGGCAUCUACUAGAUCGGGUUAUUUUACAUUCAUAAAAACCCAAAAGCUCCAUAUUUUUAGAUUCUGCGUGGUAAGCAGAGCUUGAGCUUGAGAGCUAUCUCAUGAUUUGGCGACUAUUUGGUUUAUCGCAAGCGUUGAAUUGUUAUAAAUUGGGUAUACUGUUUACUUGGCAUGAUAUGUAUUUUUAAUACUACCAAAUUCAUCAGUACAUUCUCAGGAUUUUCCGCAAUUCCGCAGAUGGUGUUUCAUGGCGAUGAUUCAUCAAUCUGUCCAUCAAUCACAAAUUGAGAGUUGGUUGUCGCUUACAACGCGUCAGCCGUAGGAGCAAGAUUUCGGAGUAGUUCAAAAUGUCCUGCCGGAUCAAACUCUAACUGAGCUGCCACAUUAAGGCCCAAUUCAUGUAUCUUGGC